AUGCCCAUGCACAACGGCUGGCUGCCCCGCGAGGGCUUCUACUUUGAUGUCAUCCUCAGGCUCAUUGGCAAAACGGCCCUCAACCCGGCCCUCCUCCUCCCCGUCGUCCUCGCCGCAAAAUACUCAAAGCAGGGCGAGGAUCUCUCCAUCCUCCACCCCGUCGCCUUCUCCCGCAUAAAGACGCUCUUCUACCUCGGCCUCGCCCGGUACCUCAGCGCCAAGCUCACAGACGGCGUCGUCAACAACUUCACCUCGGACAAGUACUACUGGCCCAGCGAGAUUGCCGUCGUCACCGGCGGCGCGGGCGGCAUUGGCGGCCAUGUCGUCAAGUUCCUGGCCGAGAAGCGCGUCAAGGUCGUCGUCCUUGAUAUCCAGGAGAUGACCUUCCCCCUGCCCGCCGGCUGCCGCUACUACAAGGUCGACCUGACCAACCGGGCCAGCGUCAAGGAGGUCGCCGACAAGGUCCGCAGCGAGGUCGGCAACCCCACCAUCAUUGUCAACAACGCCGGCGUGGCGCGCGGCAAGACCAUCCUGGAGACGUCGGAGCGCGACCUCAAGUUCACCUUUGACGUCAACUGCUUCGCCCACUUCUACACGGUGCAGGAGUUCCUGCCCGCCAUGGUCGCCAAGAACCACGGCAUGAUUGUCACCGUCGCCAGCUUCGCCGCCUGGCUCUGCGUCCCCAACAUGGUCGACUACGGCGCCUCCAAGGCCGCCGCCAUGGCCUUCCACGAAGGGCUCACCUCGGAGCUCAAGACGCGCUACAACGCCCCCGCCGUCCGUACCGUCAUUGUCAACCAGGCCUACACAAAGACCCCGCUCUUCCAGGGCUACAACGCCGACUCGGCCUUUGUCAUGCCUCCCCUCGAGCCAGAGACGGUCGCCGAGGCCAUCGUCCGCCAGAUCCUGACCGGCCGCUCGGGGCAGGUCAUCGCCCCGGACAUGGGCCACGUCGUGCAAGGGCUGCGCGGCAUGCCCGGGUGGUGGCAGUACCGCCUCCGCGAGAAGUGCGAGAACCUCAUGACCAACUGGUCCGGCCGCCAGGUCGUCAAGGAUGUCGAGGGCCACUACGAGGGCCGCGACAAGAAGUCCCAGAGCGAGAGCAGUACGGAUGGGAGCACAGUCCUCGUUGGCAAGCCAUAA